AAUCAGGCGCCUCCUUCUGGCGCCGGAGCGGGACCUGGUCUUGGGCAGUAUUUGAUCCGCGGUUCCUGAGCUCGCGUGGUUGCCAGUUGCCAGUCGUUUUCCGGAAAGCCGGCAGCCGGCUUUUUCACCGUGUUCUGCUUGAGGCCGAGUCAAAGAGUGGCUGUGACUCGGGAGACGGGGUGGGACACCGGCUGGGCAGGCCUGGUCCGAGUACCCGCGACCCAGCACCGCAGGAUGAACCCGUGCUUCUGAGGCGAGAGGCUGGAGGGGAAGAAGUGUCCAGGCUGAGAGCCGUCAGAGCAGCCCUGGAAGACGGGUCAGGGGCUGCUGUAGAUAGACCCUGACACAGAGAACUGCUGGGAGGCUGUGGCGCGAGGUGGGACUCAAAUGCUGGAGGAAGGAGGUGAGGAGUGGUAGAGGGAGCGAUCGUCAGGAGAUCGGCCCCUGCUUCGUUUCCCCACGACUGCCGCUGUGAGAGCCGGAUCAGAACUCUCUUCAUCUCUUCUACAGUACUACCUUCCCCAGACUCUGUCCUUCCCCAAGAGGAAAACACAGGAGAGGAAGGAAUGGCUGCUGGUCUCCUCACAGCUGGGCCCCGGGGAUCCACAUCCUUUAGCAGUGUGACAGUAGCUUUUGCACAGGAAGGGUGGAGGUACCUCGUGUCUACUUCAAGGGACAGGUUCAAGGACAGGAUACCAGAAAAGUCCAGGAACCUGGUCCUAUUAGGACUUCCAGUUUCCCAGCCUGGCAUGAACUCCCAGCUGGAACUAAGGGAAGGCGCAUGGAUGCUGGAGAGCGAAGACCUGCGAAAUCCCUCUCCAAACUGGAAGAUUGUAUCUGAAUCGCCACCAGAACAAGCCCUUUCUGAAGAAUCAUUCCAACAUCCGGGUGUAGAGAUGUCCCCUGAGGAUUCAGACCACAGGACCAGUGAACAUGAGAAGAGCUUCAACCUGAGACCAGUCCUCUCUCCACAGCAGAGAGUGCCUGUGGAGGCGAGACCUCACAAAUGUGAGGCGCAUACCAAGAGUUUCAAGAACUCGGAAAUACUGAAACCUCUCACAGCAAAACCGUAUGCAUGUAAUGAGUGUGGCAAAGCUUUCAGUUACUGUUCUUCCCUUUCUCAGCACCAGAAGAGCCACACCGGAGAGAAGCCCUAUGAGUGCAGUGAGUGCGGGAAGGCCUUCAGCCAGAGCUCAUCUCUCAUUCAGCACCAGAGGAUUCACACUGGAGAGAAACCUUACAAGUGCAGUGAAUGUGGAAGAGCCUUCAGCCAGAACGCCAACCUCACCAAGCACCAGCGAACCCACACCGGAGAAAAGCCCUACAGAUGCAGCGAGUGUGAAAAAGCCUUCAGUGACUGCUCAGCUCUUGUUCAGCAUCAGCGGAUUCAUACUGGAGAGAAGCCCUAUGAAUGCAGUGACUGCGGGAAGGCCUUCCGUCACAGUGCGAACCUCACGAACCACCAGAGGACUCACACCGGGGAGAAGCCCUACAGAUGCAGCGAGUGUGGGAAGGCCUUCAGUUACUGUGCAGCCUUUAUUCAGCACCAGCGAAUUCACACUGGGGAGAAGCCCUAUAGAUGUGCCGCGUGUGGGAAGGCCUUCAGCCAGAGUGCAAACCUCACCAACCACCAGAGGACUCAUACUGGGGAGAAGCCGUACAAGUGCAGCGAGUGCGGGAAAGCCUUCAGCCAGAGCACGAAUCUUAUAAUCCACCAAAAGACCCACACUGGCGAGAAGCCGUAUAAAUGUAAUGAAUGUGGGAAAUUCUUCAGUGAGAGCUCAGCCCUUAUUCGACAUCACAUAAUCCACACCGGAGAAAAACCUUAUGAGUGUAACGAAUGUGGUAAAGCGUUUAACCAGAGCUCAUCCCUCAGUCAGCAUCAGAGAAUCCACACAGGCGUGAAACCCUACGAAUGCAGCGAGUGUGGGAAGGCCUUCAGAUGCAGCUCUGCCUUCAUUAGACAUCAGAGACUCCACACUGGAGAAUAACCAGGAACACGGUGGAAGUGGAGAGAGCCCCGGGAAUGCCCACUCAGGACUAAGGACGAUGGGUGAGGACCCUGAGAAACACUAACGACUUGAAAACAUCUAAGGACAUCUAGAGUCUGUAGCCCAGAGCCACAUGCAGAAACACCUUCAAUAAAUAGCCACUAUUUCAUAUGUUG